GUCACGGUACAACUCGCCCGCUAUUAGGAGCGCAUCACGUCUUUCUCAUGUGACAGAAACUCCUCGACCGAGUCCGCGUCACACAGGCUCCGCCCACACAGGACGGAAGCGGAAGAACAGCAGUGUGUUGUGUGUUGUCUGCCUCCUGUCACUGAUCAGUUUCCAAUAGGUAGAGAGAAAUGGCGGCUCAGCUGCCCCCCAUACCUCCCCAGUUCAAGGCCCUGCAGCAUCACCUGAGGACAGCGCAGGAACAUGACAAGAGGGACCCGGUGGUGGCUUAUUACUGCCGGUUAUAUGCUAUGCAGACUGGGAUGAAAAUUGAUAGCAAGAGUCCAGAAUGUCGUAAAUUUCUGUCAAAACUUAUGGAUCAAUUAGAAACACAAAAGAAGCAGCUCGGCGACUGUGAAUCCAUUACUCAGGAAAUUGUUGGCAGUGUCCAUGUGGAGAAUUAUGCACUGAAAAUGUUCCUUUAUGCAGACAAUGAGGAUAGAGCUGGGAGAUUCCACAAGAAUAUGAUAAAGUCUUUCUACACAGCUAGUCUUCUGCUUGACGCAUUAACUGUAUUCGGUGAACUCACUGAAGAGAACUCGCAGCACAGAAAAUAUGCCAGAUGGAAGGCCACAUACAUUCACAAUUGUUUAAAGAAUGGGGCGACUCCUGAGUCUGGACCUGUUGGAUUUGAAGGCGAAGACUACAAUCUAUAUCCUUCUACAGAUGAAGAUGAUGAAGGCUCAUCAUCUGCAGACAAACAAGACCUUGAAAGAUCAUCAUCCACAUACCAACCAGGAAACAUGCCAACUUCUAACUACACUGGAAUCCAGAUCCCUCCAGGGGCACAUGCUCCAGCCAAUACACCAGCAGAAGUUCCGCACAAUACAGGUGUAGCAAGCAAUGCCAUUGCUAAUCCAUCUCCGCAAAAUAUACCUUCUGUAGACCCAUCACUGUACAAUGCACAACCACAAGGUGGAACCCGAUUGACUCCUGAAGACAUUGCCAGGGCCCAAAAAUAUUGCAAAUACGCUGGUAGUGCUUUACAGUAUGAAGAUAUCAACAAUGCCGUGGAGAACCUCCAAAAAGCACUGAAGCUGCUCACCACUGGCAGAGAAUGAUAAUACCAAGUCUUUCUUUGGGCUUCAAGAACACAGCUCUAUCUUCUGAUUCCACAUACCCCUGGUCUUAUGAGAAACACGCCAAUGAUGUCUUCAGUUCUAAUCGUCAGAGAGUGUUACUUAAAACAUGGAAUGAACAAGAUGAUGCUGAUACAGAAAAAUGUUUACAUACCUCGUUCUUUAAAGGUUCAGUGAAGUGAAAUCUGAUUAAAAUGAAAGUAAUGAAGUCAUUAUCUUUAAGCACUCCAUUGUAACAAGUCUACACAACAUUAAUGGUCACCAUUUUUCUAAUGAUCAACAAGACAAUAGUGACAUACCCUCGAAGUCUAAAAUUGUAAAACUGCGUCAUCUAAAGUCCUGUGAACACACCAGCACUGGAUUGUUCUUCUUAUUAAUCUUUUGUGCUUUUUCUUUGGUGACAACAUUUAGUUGAUUAUAUCAAUUCUGUUAAAAUGCAAGACUAACUGCAGAUCUUAAUGAAACAUAAGUAUGGUAUUCUCAAAAUAUGGUAUAGAUGCAGGGAACAGUUCAAGAAAAAAACAACUUCACAGACAUAUAUCAUGUUAUAUAUGAGUGUGUGUGCAUGGUAUUACAACAUGGCCCAUAAUUUGCUGAUCUUGAACAAAUAUAUGAGCUGAUCUAUGUUGCCAUGACACUGUCAUUGCCAUCAAACUAUUAUAUAAUGGAUGUGUGAAUAAUUUCUUUUACUCUACUUCAGCUGAAUCUUUUUGUAUUUAGGCCUUCACAAACUUUCCAAAUCUUGGUAGCAGAGGUAGAGGUAGUUAAACCAUUUUAAUCUUUAUGAAGCAAAUGGUUUCUAAAGUUGCAAUUACAAGUGCAUGGCUUUAAAUGCAUGUAUCUGAUACAAUUUAGAAUAAAUAGGUAUGAAAA